CGGUUCAUUCUGAGCCGAGAUAUUGGGUUUUUCAUCAUCCAAGUGUUUAUCCCAAGCAUCCUGGUCGUCAUUCUCUCCUGGGUCAGUUUUUGGAUAAACAUAGAUGGGGUGCCGGCCAGGGUAUCAAUCGGGUUGCUGACCGUACUGACGACAACUACACAGAGUUCAGGAAUCAACGAUCAACUGCCCAAGGUCUCCUACAUCAAGGCCAUAGAUGUGUGGAUGAUAAUGUGUCUCAUUUUCGUCUUUGCGGCCCUCCUAGAAUACGCCUUCGUCAAUGUGGCCUCGAGG